AUGUUCAUUGAUGUGACUUCAACAACAGAAAACGUUGCACUUUUGAAAGACAUCGGAACGACCCCGUUGCGGUCCGGUCUCGACGCUAUCAGUCGACUGGGCGAAAACUCAUUCAUUUCUUUGCGGAUGCGGGCGUUCGCUGGGCCAAAUGUGCACUUCACAAUGGCUCGCCUUUCAUUUGGCAACUCUUUGAAACGCGGUGGAAGCACCUCGGCAUUGUUCUCGGCAAAGAUCUCAGCAAUAAAUAAUGACCGAAAGAUUUUUGCGCAGCGAAGCCUCUCUCGCGCUCUGGCCGAGUUCCAUAGCUCAUCCGAUGUUCUAGGCUUGGCUAGCGCGGCGAAUCCGUAG